UGGAGCCAUCCUUUUUGGACACCAGGACUAUUGGCGAAGACCAUGGACUGUUUGACGGUUCUAUAAUACCCUUUUGAAGCAUCUUUUCAACUUCAGCCCGUUCCACUUCUCUUUUUCCAUAUGGCUGUCGUCUAGGUUGCUGCCUGAUGGGGUUAGCACUUCCAGUGUUUAUCUUGUGUUUCACGACGUUUGUGCACCCGAGAUCGUUGGACGACUUUGCAAACACAUCUUGGUACUUAUACAACAAUUUUGCAAACUUGUUUUUCUGUUCGGGAUCCAAAUAUUCAACACCAUCGUCAAACAUCUUUUUCACAUGUUCUGGCAAAAUGACCUCUUCAGACUGCAAACCCGUGUCACUUUUGACUGUGGCACACGUAUCUGUUUGAAUUUCUUUAGAAAUUAUGGGGUCCUCAACUGGGAAACACUCGCCAACAAGAUAUCCUGCUUCCAAACUUACUGUUUCAUCAAAAUCGUUCACAACACACACGGACACAUCUUCUCCCUGAGUUUCAACAAUGCCUGCCACAACUCGACAACUUAUGUCCUGCAAGCCUUGAAUCCCAUCAACAAACACUACCUCUCGCACAAAGCCUUUUACUUCUACAGGUAACAUCUGAAAGCUCCUAGGUGGUAUUUCAACCUUCUCUUUCACGAGCACCCUGCAUACACUCAGCCCAGUCCCUUCUGUAACACAAUCAAUUGUAUUACCAUCCAGUGUGUGAAGUUUAUGAUUUUGAAUGUCCCAGGAUUGAAUGUGGUUUGCCAUAAAAUCUUGUCCCAGAAUUCCUUGAAUAUUUGGUAUAUCGCAAACGGUGGCGUCAAUUGCAGUCGUGAAACUCCCGACCUUCAACUUUAACUCUACAGAACCUUGAACGUUUAAAGGUGUGCCGUCUACGGAACAAACUGUACGAUUAUGCUCACGCAAAUCCUCUGUCUUCUUUCCUAAAGCCUCAAGGGUGUCUUUAGAUAUUAAAGUGGUUGUUGCUCCACUAUCUAAUAGCAAGGUUACCGCAGUUCCGUCUAUUAAUGCUUCAAUAUAGACACCAUUGUCUUUCGUUUUCAUCAGAUCGCUGCAGUGACCAACCCGCAAUGCCUUUUCAUCUGGUCUGCAUGGCACCUCUAUUUGUUUAGGUCGAUUUUUCACUUGAACCGUCGCAUCACGACCUAUUGACGUGACGGUCUGAAGUUUUCCUGCUGCAGUCCUCGUCUGUUGUCUUUUAUCGGACAAUCUCUGAUGAAAUGAUUUGUAGAACCACAUCUGUAGCACGAUCUUCCAGAGAUUCUGCCUCCCAUGGUAGAUUCAAGUUUGUCCAAUCGUUGCUCAAUACGCUUAAUGGCACUGGUAAACUGAUCAUAAGUUCCCUCAUGCACCGGGUUGGUUUCAAAAGAUCUCUCUCUGCUGCUUGUGUUUGUAACACCCCUAAUCUGCGCUCCUACACCUUGCCCCGGACGUCCCAACACCUCUUCAUAACGCUCAACCACCUCCACAGCUUCAUUUAUUGUCUGGCAAUUUUUAUCCAUUAAACGGCAUCUCAUCUCGGCUGAAACAUUCUUAUUAAAAUGUUGUAAUGCAAGCAUUUCUUGGGCCUCUUGAUCAAGUGUUGAAUAGGCUUUCUGAGACAGUAGUCGAAUUUCAUCCCCAAAAGCAGCAAUUGUUUCUGUUUUUCCCCUCAUUCUGUUUUGCAUCUUUGAAAGCCAUCGGUUCUGUUGUCUUUUACUUCCAAACCUCUGUUCUAAUCUGUUUGUCAGGAGUUUGUAAGACCGUUUCUCUGCAACAGGUAACGAACUGUAAUGCAUGCGAGCCUGCUGCUUAAGAGAUGUAGCAAGGUAAAGUAACUUCUCCUUUUCGUUCCAUUGUGCAAGCUCUGCACAAUCUUCGAAGUAUGCGAUGUACUGGUCCCAAUCUUCAUCUCCGGAAUAAGGGUCUGGUUUAAUGUUUGGACGCGGUCCACGUCUGUAAAAGCCACCAUAUGCCCCGUCAAAUUGGCCCUCUUGGUACUCUUGACCUUCCCCUCUUCCGUUCUCGUUGACAUUGAAGUCAACCUCGGAGUCGGACUGGUCAUUGUUGUCCGCCAUUGUACGACUAAUGUGAUGGUAAUGGCACAAAGAAAAAGAACUUGAAAAUUUGCACUUUAUUAUUCACAAUAAAACAUAAAUCAUAUAAAUUUACACAACAAGCAGUUAGAAAACGAUCAUCUACUUUUGUUUCUGUCUUUUAACGUCCCUGCCGUUCCGUUCUGGUGCCGACGUUCCGUUCUAGUGCAGCCGUUCCCGUUCUAUUGCAGCCGUUCCCGUUCUAGUGCAGCCUUUUCCGUUGCAGCCGUUCCCGUUCUUAUGCAGCCGUUCCGUUCUGGUGCAGCCGUUACCGUUCUAUUGCAGCCGUUCCCGCUCUAUUGCAGCCGUUUCCGUUCUUGUGCAGCCGUUCCGUUCUGGUAAAGCAGUUCCCGUUUUCGUCAGCCCGUUCCCGUUCUCGUCCGGCCGUUCCCGUUUUCGUCAGGCCGUUCCCGUUCUCGUAAGGCCGUUCCCGUUUUCUUCAGGCCGUUCCCGUUUUCGUCAGCCCGUUCCCGUUCUCGUCAGGCCGUUCCCGUUUUCGUCAGGCCGUUCCCGUUUUCGUCAGGCCGUUCCCGUUUUUGUCAGGCCGUUCCCGUUCUCGUCAGGCCGUUCCCGUUUCUGUCCCUUGCUGUUUUCCCCGUGGUGACGAAAAAUAAAAGUUCUGAGAUGCUAAAAGUAUAUUAGCAUCCCACUUCUGACACCAAUGUAACGGUUUCGUGCCGUCGGUAAAUACUGUUUCCUUUCUAUCAACCAGGUAGUUAUUAGUUUAUUAAAUUGUUAUUAGUCUGUGAAUAGAUGUCUUCAAGAAUAAAGAAAUGAAAACAGUGAGACUUAAUUUAUUUAUACUUCUCAAAAUAUACCAACACGAAACAACAAAUGUAUAAGAAUAUAAUAUAGUUACAUUUUGUCCGACAUCCCAGUUCUUUCUUGAUUGUAUUAUUAAUAUUAAAGUUUAAAUAAUUUUAGAUGUUGUGUGGCCGAAAAGUUGAAUGUUGAAUGUCCUAAGUCGUCUGCGGCGCGUCUUUUAUAUGGAUGCCCCUUGAUACAAUUCCUCAGACUCCGUAAACGGUUAUGCGACAGCUCCGACCAAUCAGAAUGCUUGAAUCGCCAAUUUGAACCACUGUCAUCCAAUCAAAUAUGCGCGCCAAAUGAACUCUUCAAAACGCUUCCGCACAUCAGGAAAUAGUUCCAAAUGUUAUAUCUAUGCUUAUCAAUCAAAUGACAAUAACUUGAUAUAAAACAGUAGCAAAUCGUUAACAUUAAUACAAUAAGACAUAGUUUACUGUAACCAUUAACUAUAUGGCGCAGUCUUUUGCUAAAAUCACAAAGAUAAAGUUAUGACGUCACAAGCAUGGUCGACACUGUUUAUGAGUGACAAGGAAGUGUUAUUCUUUAUGGAAUUACAAUCAUAGGAACGAGGAUUAAUAACUUAAGUUAAACCUCUAAAAAAAUUGAGGGUGCACGAGCUAAAGCCUUCAAGGAAAGCAGUUGGGCAGCAAUACUUGGUGUUCACGUUCUCAGACAGCUUGCAGUUUCAAAUGAGAUGAUGAUUGACUCUGGUUAUGCUGAUAAAACAUCGGAGUGUCCCUGUGGAUGUCGAACUCCACUUUGUGUUGGAGACAACAGCAUUGGUAAUAAGUCCUACAAAAAAUAAAUCAAUAGGGCAAUAAUUUGUUUAAAGGCCGCAUUUACAAGAACAUAACAGUAAUCACAUUGUUUGUCCAUUUGUCACGCUUUAUAUGUGGAACAUCACUAUUGCCUUUUUAGCUCAUCUGUCAUGUAGUGACAUGAUGAGCUAUUAGUAUACUUGAAUGUCCAUCGUCCACAAUUAUUUUAACAACAUCUCCUCCUAAACCGCUGGGCGAAUCUUGCUCAAAUUUGGCUGGAAUUUUACUGGCAUGAAGCUCAAGUUCAAAGAAUUGCAUUCCAUGCAUAACUCUGGUUGCAAAGGCAACAGAAAGGAAAACUUUUAAAAUCUUUUCUGAAACCGCACGGCAUAGAGCGUAGAUACUUUGCAUGAAACAUCAUCUUGUGGACCUAUUCCAAGAUUGUUCAAAUUAUGACCCUGGGGUCAAAACUAGCUCCGCCCUUUGGACAAAUGUGUUUUCCUUAUAUGUAUAUAGUGAAACUUCAAAAAUGUUCUUCUCCGCAACAGGCCUAGAGCUUAGAUAUUUGGCAUGAAACAUCGUCUUGUAGACCUCUACCGAGAUUGUUCAAAUUAUGCCCCUGGGGUCAAAAUAAGCCCCGCCUUGGGGACAAAUGUGUUUUCCUUAUAUGUAUAUCGUAUAUUCCCUUAUAUACACCCCUCCCCUAAUCAACGCCCCCCCCCCCCCCUUUUUUGAGAAAAUAAAGAAACAUGACUUACCAAAAAAUACGAUUUUUAGCCGAAGUUUUUUGGAAAAAAAAUCCGGCUUAUAGAUUGGUGGUGUAGGGCUGGCGGGUGUGCGUGCUCGAAAAUGUUAAAGUUCUUAUUAUUCCCCCCUUCGAAGAAGAGGGGGUAUAUUGCUUUGCUCAUGUCGGUCUGUCGGUCUGUCCGUCCACCAGGUGGUUGUCAGACGAUAACUCAAGAACGCUUAGGCCUAGGAUCAUGAAACUUCAUAGGUACAUUGAUCAUGACUCACAGAUGACCCCUAUUGAUUUUGAGGUCACUAGGUCAAAGGUCAAGGUCACGGUGACCCGAAAUAGUAAAAUGGUUUCCGGAUGAUAAUUCAAGAACCCUUAUGCCUAGGAUCAUGAAACUUGAUAGGUAGAUUGAUCAUGACUAGCAGAUGACCCCUAUUGAUUUUCAGGUCACUAGGUCAAAGGUCAAGGUCACGGUGACCCGAAAUAGUAAAAUGGUUUCCGGAUGAUAAUUCAAGAACCCUUAUGCCUAGGAUCAUGAAACUUGAUAGGUAGAUUGAUCAUGACUGGCAGAUGACCCCUAUUGAUUUUCAGGUCACUAGGUCAAAGGUCAAGGUCACAGUGACCCGAAAUAGUAAAAUGGUUUCCUGAUGAUAACUCAAAAAAGCUUAUGGCUAGGAUCAUGAAACUUCAUAGGUACAUUGAUCAUGACUCGCAGAUGACCCCUAUUGAUUUUCAGGUCACUAGGUCAAAGGUCAUGGUCACAGUGACAAAAAACAUAUUUACAAAAUGGCUGUCACUACAACUUAGAGCCCAUAUGGGGGGCAUGCAUGUUUUACAAACAGCCCUUGUUUCAUUCUAUAACUUCAGUAUGCUUUGACCUAGAGUCUUCAAACUUGACAUAAAGGUUGGUCAUCACCAGCAGAUGACCACUAGACAUUUCAAGGUCAUUCAUUGGAAGGUCAAGGUCAUAGUGACCUUAAAUGUUAAAGUGUUAAAGUUAUUGUUUAAUGCUAGUGGUUUGACCUAAAGUCUUCUAACUUGUCAUGAAGAUUUGCCAACACCAGCAAAUGACCACAGGUCAUUCUAAGGCCAUCCAGUUGAAUGUCAAGUUCACUGUGACCUAAGAUGUAUAAAGGUCAAGGUUGAAGGUUAGCCAGCACCAGCAGAUGACCACUGCUCAUUUUAAGGUCAUUUAUUUUGUCCAAUCAUCAUGAAAUUUGGUCAAAACAUUGGAUAUCUAGGACGAGUUUGAAAAUUGUCAUGAUCAGCGGAAAAACAUGUCAACUCGAUAUUUGGCAUGCAUGCGUAGCUCAUGGAGCUGCACAUUUGAGUGGUGAAAGGUCAAAGUCAAGGUCAUCCUUCAAGGUCAAGGUCAAAGGUCAAAUUUUGCAAUAUUGAAGAUAGCAACUUGAUAUUUGGCAUGCAUGUGUAUCUCAUGGAGCUGCACAUUUUUUAAGUCAAGUCAAUACCGUACCAACAAAGAUUAGCUCAUAACCCUGAAUAUGGGUUCUGUUAUCAUUAGCUGAUACAUGUAACCCUGGAUUUGGGUUCUGCUGUGAUGGGGAUUGGGGAGCUAUAUGCGAACCUUGCCGCCACAGCUGCAAAUUCAGCUAUUAGAUAGCAGGUAACGUAUUUAUGACAUUAAAACAAAUUUUUAAAGUAAAUUUCAUUAUAAUUGUUAAAUACUUACCAGCUAUCAGUGAGUCCCACCUCCCAACCCGCUCUUUGCCUAAUAGUGUUGUAUAUAUUGAAAGAAGAUUGAGGUUUUAUGUGAUUGUUUUAGCCUAGGUUACAUUACACUAUGUUCUGACCUAGUCUAAUUUGAGUAUAUAGGUGGUGGCUCCCAGCUACAGAAAUUUUCCAGAUGAAUAAACCCACCUUGGAAGGCAGUAGCUAUUAGAUAGCAGGUAAUUAUUUAAUAAUAAAAAUGAAUUUUACUAAUUUUUUUUUAUCCCAUCUUCACCAAACUUGGUCAGAAGUUUUAUCUAGAUUGUCUUAAGGCCAAGUUCGAACAUGGGCCAUGCCAGAUAAAAAACUAGGUAACGGGGUCACCUAGUACGUUUUACACAUUCAGCAUGAUGUUGGCUCUCUAAUUCAAGAAGUUUUCAUCCGAUCUUCACCACACUUGGUCAGAAGUUGUAUCUAGAUGAUGUGUAGGUCAAGUUCGAACAUGGGCCAUGCUGGGUCAAAAACUAGUUCACGGGGGCUUUUUAAACAUUGAGCAUGGUGUCCGCUGUUUUUUUGUGAAGACAACAUGCAAAAUAUUCUUUGUCAAUGCGGCAUGUGGGUUUUUUCGUCACGUCUGUGACAAAGCUCUAGUUAUCCUGGCCAAAAUGAAAUAACGGAAGGGGAUAUAGUAAUACAGUGUAGUAUACGUCCAUCUCUCCGGCACUUUUGUGUCCGGGGCCAUAUCUUGAAAUUGCUUUGGCAGAUUUCAUUGAAACUUGUUAUGAGUAUAUAUAUGGAUAAGAGGAUGAUGCACGCCAAAUGGCAUUGUACACCAUCUGUUAAUAACGGAGUAAGGUCCAUUUGUGUCUUGAAAAAAUGCUUUUUAGCUCACCUGAGGUUGUGCUCAUGGUGAGCUUUUUUGAUCGCCUUUUGUCCGUCAUCCAUCGUGCGUCAUGCGCCGUCAACACUUGCCUUGUUAACUCUAUAGAGGCAACAUUUAUUGUCCUUCCAAUCGUCAUGAAAUUUGGUCAGAAGAUUGGUCUCAAUGAUAUCUUGAAUGAGAUCGAAAUGGUUACGUUUGCUUGAAAAGCAUGGCUGCCAAGGGGCAGGGCAGUUUUACGAAUAUGGCUAUAUAUAGCUACAGUAAAAUCUUGUUAACACUCUAGAGACCACAUUUAUUGUCAAAUCUUCAUGAAACUUGGUCAGAAGAUUCAUCCCAAUAAUAUCUUGGACGAGUUUGAAAAUGAUGCUGGUUGGUUGAAAAACAUUGCCGCCAGGGGGCGGGGCAUUUUUCCUCAUAUGGCUAUAGUAAAACCCUGUUAACACUCUAGAGGCCACAUUUAUUUUCCGAUCUUCAUGAAACUUGCUCAGAUGAUUUGUCCCAAUGAUAUCUUGGAUGAGUUAACAAAUGGUAACAUUUGCUUGAAAAACAUGGCUGGCAAGGGGCGGGGCAUUUUUCCUUAUAUGGCUAUAUAUGGCUAUAUAGUAAAAUCUUGUUAACACUCUAGAGGCCACAUUUAUUGUCCGAUCUUAAUGAAACUUGGUCAGAAGAUUUAUCCCAAUGAUAUCUUGGACGAGUUAGAAAAUGACGCCAGUUGGUUGAAAAACAUGGCGGCCAAGUGGCGGGGCAUUUUUCCUUUUAUGGCUAUAGUAAAACCUUGUUAACACUCUAGAGGCCACAUUUAUUUUCUGAUCUUCAUGAAACGUAGUCAGAAGGUUUGUUCCAAUGAUAUCUUGAAUGAGGUUUAAAAUGGUAACCUUGAAAAACAUGGGUGCCAAGGGGCGGGGCAUUUUUCCUUAUAUGGCUAUAUAUUAGGGAUGGCAUCGAAUUCCAAAAUCAGUAUUCGAAUGUUCGCAAAUUCAUUCAAUCGAAUAUACGAAUACUCGCAUAAAACGGCUGGAUUGAUUUUACCUUGUUAUGUGUUUAUUUCCUUUGGUUUGUAAGUUAUAUCCGUUUGCUAAAUAUGAGGCUGUUUAUUAACGUUGUUAUUGAAUAAUUGUAUCGCUGUCGACUAAUACAUGACCGAUACUGUGAUCGGGCACAAAUAGAAUGAAAAACAUCGUCUCAUAGAAUUUUAAUUUUUAAUGAUUCCACAGAUUUGUAGCAGACCGCGCAUAUGUUAAACUAAGUUAACACACAUUACACGUUGCGGUCUGCUUAUCCACAGACCGUGUAAAGUAUUCCAUACUGCAGAAGCGGCUGGUGGCAUUUUCAGAUUUGAAUUAUGAUUACUUGAUGAUUGUUUAAUUUAUAUCAUCUGUUACUUUUGAGUAAUUCACAUAUUUAAAUGUCUGUUCAAACUGUGAUCACAAAAACUAAAUUAUUAUUCGCAAGUAAAUUCAGGGUUUUUUUUGGCCCGAUUUUAUAGCCGAAAUUCGGCUAUGUUCCCAAUCCCAAAAAGUAUACUUAUUUCCCAAAAUGUGACAAAAAAUUCCCAAUUUCCAAAAAAAAAAAUUUUUUUCUUUUUAGAAAGAAGUGUCUUAUGCGUAUUUUAUCUCAAUUUUAAUUCAAUUACAUCUAACAAAGUAUUUUAUGAUUUUGUUCUUUUAAUUUUAAUGAUUAUAAAGUGUUAUAUCAAAUUUAGUAUUUCCCUAAUAAGUGGACUUUUCGUGUGGAAAAAAAGGCUAAUGUAUUAAUUUUCCGAAUUUCUUGAAAAUGCCGAUAAAAUUCCCAAUUCCAAAGCCAUGGGCUAUCUUCCCAAAAAGUGGAAAUAAAAACUUGAAAUUGAAGCCCGUAAUUGGUACCUUAUUGACAAACAACAGUUCGGGCCCUUUCUUAUAGCAAGUAUAUUGCAUUGCGCGAUUUGAGUAAUUCACACAUUUUAAUGGCUGUACAUACUGUGAUCACAAAACUUAAUUAUUAUUCGCCAGUCAAUUGAAACCGUUAAUUGGCACCCCAUUGGCAAACAACAGUCGGGGCCUUUCUUAAAGUGUGUAUAUUGGAUUGUGCAAUCAACACUGAUACGGGACGCGUUAUCAGUUUGACAUGAAGAGCGUCACGGCAAACAUGUUACUCCCAGGUGAUUUCGUUGCUUUUUAGUAACCGGUUCGCAGGUCAUUAAAUAUUGGUGAAAUUACGUUUGGAAAAAACGCGAAUAUGCAAAUAUCAUUUUUAUUAGCCGGAUUUUUUUCGAAAAAAUCUCGGCUUAUAGAUUGAUGUUGUCGGGCGGGCGGGCGGGCGGGGUGGCGGCGUGCUCGAAAAUGUUAAAGUUCUUAUUUCAUGGUAUAACUUUGGUAUGCUUGGACCUAGAGUCUUCAAACUUGACAUGAAGGUUGGCCAGGAUUAACAGAUGACCACUGGUCAUUUCAAGGUCAUUCAUUUGAAGGUCAAGGUCACUGUGACCUUCAAUAUAAAAAAUGUUAAAGUUGUUAUAACUUUGGUAUGCUUGGACCUAGAGUCUUGAAACUUGACAUGAAGGUUGGCCAUAACUAGUUAGUAACCACUGGUCAUUUCAAUGUCAUUCAUUUGAAGGUCAAGGUCACUGUGACCUUGAAUGUAAAAAUGUUAAAGUUCUUAUUUCAUGGUAUAACUUUGGUAUGCUUGGACCUAGAGUCUUCAAACUUGACAUGAAGGUUGGCCAGGAUUAACAGAUGACCACUGGUCAUUUCAAGGUCAUUCAUUUAAAGGUGAAGGUCACUGUGACCUUCAAUAUAAAAAUGUUAAAGUUGUUAUAACUUUGGUAUGCUUGGACCUAGAGUCUUGAAACUUGACAUGAAGGUUGGCCAGAACUAGUAAGUAACCACUGGACAUUUCAAGGUCAUUCAUUUGAAGGUCAAGGUCACUGUGACCUUGAAUGUAAAAAUGUUAAAGUUGUUAUAACUUUGGUAUGCUUGGACCUAGAGUCUUGAAACUUGACAUGAAGGUUGGCCAGAACUAGUAAGUAACCACUGGACAUUUCAAGGUCAUAUUUGUGACCUUAAAUGUUAUUGUUGUUCAUGUAUAUGCAUGCAUUCAAAACAUAACACAAGGUUUGCUCAUGCCUUGAAAAGUACUUACAUUUCAUUUUGACCUUUGAACAAUAUUUCAGUAAUUUAAGUAUUGCAUUGACAAAAACACGAAAGGUACUUUCCUGUCAUUUAAAUCAAAAAUCCGGCUUCAAUGCGGUCAUCUCCGACCGCGGAACUCUUGUUAUUGGAAUGCUAUGCUGACCAUUCAAUCGAAUAUUCGAAUAAUUUUGCCAUCCCUACUAUAUAUGGCUAUAGUAAAAUCUUGUUAGCACUCUAGAGGCCACAUUUAUUGUCCAAUCCUCAUGAAACUUGGUCAGAAGAUUCAGCCCAAUAAUAUCUUGGAUGAGUUCCAAAAUGAUGGCGGUUGAUUGAAAAAUAUGGCCACCAGGGGUAGGGGCAUUGUUCCUUAUAUGGCUAUAGUAAAACCUUUUUAACACUCUAAGAGUCCACAUUUAUUUUUUCAAACUUCAUGAAACUUGGUCAGAAGAUUUGUCCCAAUGAUUUCUUGGAUGAGUUUGAAAAUGGUAACCUUUGCUUGUAAAACAUGGCUGCCAAUGGGCGGGUCAUUUUUAGCUCCUCUGGCCAGAGGCCAGCGGGGCUAUGUCAUGGUCCUGUGUCCGUUGUGCGUGCGUCCUUGCAUCCGUGCAUCUGUCUGUGCAUUAACUUUUUCUUUAAACAUCUUCUUCUCCUAAACUACUGGUCCAAUUCUGAUGAAAUUUCUCAGGAAUGUUCCUGGGGUGAACCUCUUUCGAAUUUGUUCAAAUUAUGCCCCUGGGGUCAAAUUUGACCCUGCCAUGGGGGGUCAAAAAAUUGAAAAUUUGCUUAUAUAAGGCCUAUUUUGUGAAAACUUUAAAAAUCUUCUCAUCCAUAACCAUUGGGCCUAGGGCUACCAAAUUUGGUAUGUAGUGACAUUUUAUAGUCCUCUUGUCACCUACUGCUCGAGAAAUCUUAGAACGCAGAUUGACUAUAUCCUCUACCCAAAGAGGUAUCGCAGAGCAAUCACCAAUGUGAAGGUAAUUCCAACUGAGGAGUGUGUCCAACAACAUAAUCUUGUUGUUUGAAAUAUCACUAUUUUCAUCCCCAAAGUAAACAAACGCAAAUUCACCCCUCGCAUUCGCACUUGGAAGCUGAGGGAUAAGGCUGUGGCAGACAAGUUCCGUGAUGCCUUCACUGAAAAAGUCGUUACUGGCGAUGUCAACCUUGCCAACACUGUUGAAGAGGUUUGGAUGAGGAUAAAGAACCCCCUGCUUGAAACAGCAAGAGAAUUUUGUGGUUUCUCCAAAAACCACCAGUGGAAGAAGGAAACCUGGUGGUGGGACAGUGAUGUUGAAGUUGCGGUGAAGUUGAAGCGAACCCGCUACAAAACAUUCAAAGCACUGGAUAAAGCUGGCCGUACCAUUGAGGCUAACGUUGCCAAAGCUGCCUAUUGCGAGGCUAAACGUGCUUCUAAGCAAGCUGUCUGGUUAGCCAAGUCCAAGUCUGAAAAAGAGAAAUUCGCGAACCUCUCUCCAUACGAUGGAGGCAUCUUCAAGCUGGCCAAGCAAAUGGACAGGACAAACCAAGAUGUUGUUGGUGAGAAAUGUGUUCGAAAUGAUGCGGGUGAACUGUCCCUCAGUGAUGAUGAGAAAAUGAAAGCCUGGGUAUAUUCAAAGCUACUAAACGUUGAGUUUGAGUGGCCCAGUGAGCUACUUCCUGAAGUUGCUCCUGUGGAAGGGCCUCCUCCACCAGUCACAGUAGAACAAAUUCGCAAAGCCCUCUGCAAGAUUAAAUGCGGCAAAGCCGCUGGACCAUCAGGUGUGAUUGCCGAGAUGUUGAAAGCAGCUGGUGAGGAGGGAACAUAAAUGCUGAGACAGCUGACUGAGGUCGUUUUCAGCAAUGGUGUGAUCCCCAAGGACUGGGAGGAGAGCCACAUCCUUAACCUUUACAAAGGUAAUGGAGAGGCUCUAGACAGAGGAAAUUACCGUGGGUUAAAGCAGGGCUCGAAUUUAAUUUUUUUUUCUACUUGCAAAACAUUGCGAGCAGCUUUAAUACCGACUCGCAAAAUCAAAAACAUUCUCGCAAAUUUUGCUGGACACAUAAUUUAAUAUCGUUUUUUUUAUUCAACAGUUAACUUUGCUUUAUCUAUCGUAUUGUUAUUUCCAUCUGUGGGCAAAAAGAAACUACAUGUUAUUUUUCGCUUCGACGCCAUGUAUGUUCAAGUUCAAUGAACACGUGUGAAUUAGUCGACUGUUUAACGUUCUUUGUACCAAUACCAUCCUCGUAUCUGUACUAUAAGUAUACCAGUCUAUAUACAAGGUGCGCGUUUCUGCAUACGGGUAUUAGGACGUUCUAUGACCUAUGGUUUAGCGUUCAGGACGUCGAACGCAUUUAGCAAUAAUACUGUUUUUUUUUCACUAUUUCUCUACUCGCAAAAAAUUACUAGUGGCUGAAAACUUAACUCGCAAUCGGUAUUUUUCACUCGCAUUUUGCGAGUGUGCGAGUGUUAAUUUCGAGCCCUGGUUAAAGCUUACGGACCAGACGAUGAAACUGAUUUAGCGUGUGCUUGACACCCACAUACGCGAGAUGGUCGAUAUCGAUGGUAUGCAGUUUGGUUUUGUUCCUGGUAGAGGUAUGACUGAUGCAAUCUUCAUCAUACGCCAGCUACAGGAAAAAUACAAUGCAGCAAACAAGCCACUGUAUAUUGCCUUUGUCGACCUUGAGAAAGCAUUUGAUAGAGUUCCAAGAAAGGUCCUCUGGUGGGCUCUGAGGAGUCUAGGGGUUGAGGAAUGGGCAGUUCGUGUCAUACAGGGUAUGUACACAGGCGCCAGGUGCCGUGAGCGUGUCAACGGACAAUAUAGCGAGGAAUUUGGAGUCGAAGUAGGGGUGCAUCAGGGUUCUGUUCUUAGUCCCCUGCUUUUCAUCCUAGUGCUUGAGGCUCUGUCGAGGGAAUUGUGCGCCGGGGUUCCAUUGGAGCUCUUCUACGCUGAUGAUCUUGCUGUGAUCGCGGACUCACUGGAGGAGUGUCUCUCCAGAUUGAAAGGUUGGAAGGAUGGAAUGGAAAGCAAGGGGCUGAGGGUCAAUAUGAAGAAGACAAAGCUCUUGAUCACCGGCCCUGGACUGAAUCUUCUGCGCGAUGCGGGAGCAUAUCCCUGUGCGGUAUGUAGGAGUGGAGUGGGAGUGAACUCGAUUGAGUGUACCCAGUGCAAACUGUGGGUGCACAAAAAGUGCAGUGGCAUCAAGGGAAGAAUCACCAGCAACCCGGACUACGUUUGCCCGAGAUGCAUGGACCAAGCACGCCCAAUUGAUGGAAGACCUGUUACCCAGGUGGUCAUUGAUGGCUCACAGCUUGAUGUUGAGGCCAGCUUCUGCUAUCUGGAUGACACGCUAUGUGCUGGGGGAGGCUGCGAACUUGCCAUCAUCACCCGAUGCUGCAUUGCCUGGGGAAAGUUUAAGAAGCUCCUACCAAUACUGACGUCGAAGCAUGUUUCCCUUAAAAUCCGUGGCAACGUGUUCAAUGCUUGUGUCCGUUCUGCCAUGUUACAUGGUAGUGAAGCGUGGGCACCAUCCGCUUCUGAUCUACAACGACUUCGUAGAGACGACAGAGCAAUGGCCCGCUGGAUUUGCAGCAUCAAACCUGACGACGGAGUCCACACUGACAUGCUGUAUGGCAAACUAGGGAUACCAGAAGUCACUGCAUCACUGAGAGCCAGGCGCCUGAGGUGGUAUGGGCAUGUCGAGCGUGCCACCUCUUGCAUCAAUUCAAUCUCGAAGAUGGCCAUUCCUGGUGCUAGAGGUAGAGGGAGACCAAGAAAAUCGUGGUCUGACUGUAUUAAGGAUGACCUGCACACCUGUGGCUUGGGUGACACUGACCCACAGAACAGAGGAGCGUGGAAAUCAGGGGUUAGACGCUCUAGCCGCCUGCUGCCUACCCCAACUACUGGGACUAAUCCCGCAGCAGAUGACAAAUAAACUCUGGAUCAAGUCAAGUCAAGUUUCUUCAAAUUAUGCCCCUGGGGUCAAAUUUGACCCUGCCCUGGGGGGUCAGAAAAUUGAAAAUUUGCUUAUAUAAGGCCUAUUUUGUGAAAACUUUAAAAAUCUUCUCGUCCAUAACCAUUGGGUCUAGGGCUACACAAUUUGGUAUGUAGUGACAUCUUAUAGUCCUCUACCAAGUUUCUUCAAAUUAUGCCCCUGGGGUCAAAUUUGACCCUGCCCCGGGGGUCAAAAAAUUGAACAUAUGCUAAUAGUCCUCUACCAAGUUUGUUCAAAUUAAGCCCCUUUGAUCAGAUUUGAUCGUUCCCCAGGGGUCACAAAAUUGAACAUGUGCUUAUAUUGGGCCCAUUUUGUGCAAACUUUAAAAAUCUAUUUGUGCAUAACCAUUGGGCCUAUUUCUACCAAAUUCGGUAUUUAGUGACAUCUUAUAGUUUUCUACCUAGUUUGUUCAAAUUAUGCCCCUGGGGAAAAAUUUGACCCUGCCCUGGGGGUCACAAAAAUGAACAUAUGCUUAAAUAAGGCCUAUUUUGUGCAAACUUUAAAAAUCUUCUUGUUCAUAAUUAUAGAGCCUAGGGCUACUAAAUUUGGUGUGUAGUGAUAUCUAAUAGUCCUCUACCAAAUUUGUUCAAAUUAUUCCCCUGGGCUCAAAUUUGACCCUGCCCCGAGGGUCACAAAACUGAACAUAUGACGUUUACCAGGGAAGAUUACUGCGGCCGUGUAUCUGUGACCAACAACAACAACAACAACAUCUUGUAAACAUUAGAUAAAACCCUGUCAUUUAGUGCCAUUUUAGAUCAGAUGGUGACUGCUUACAAAGGAAUUGAAGUAAGAAAAAGUGAUAUGAAUGUUUUUCUUAUUAACUGAAAAAGUCAGGUUUUAUUUAAAUAUGUCAUAAGUGACAUAUAUCCGAAUAAAAAUAUUUCGGAUGACAUGUUAAUUUCAUGUCUUUUUUGUAGUGUUGAAACCAGUUUAAUAAUAUCUUAUUGAAUUUUAAAACACAACUUCCAUGAACAUAAUUAUUUAAAGAAAAGUCAAUGAUACUGCAUGGUAAACUCAAACUUUGUAUCCAAGAGAAGGUGUUGGAAUUAAUGAAGUGCAAUGUUCUUUCAGCAGUUGCGUAAAUUUCGGACAUAAAAUUCGGAUGCGGAUUUUGUAACAGGACAAACUAAUGUGUAAAUUUCUGUACAAAUAAAUAUUCUUUGAAAACUAAAGACUGCAUUUUGAAUAAAGCAUUUAUUGACUAGAAUAAAUGUCAAUGAAACAGAACAUUAACAAAAAUAACAGUCAUGAACGUUUCAGACACUUUCCGCAGUUGCGUAAAUUUCGGACAUAAAAUUCGGAUGCGAUUUUAGUAACAGAAAAAACUUUGAGUUGGCGGUUAAAAACAGGGUCCGUUGGGUAACCGGAAACAAGACUUCUUUUUUUUUAGACCUUAAUAAUAUGUUGGUUGAGUUCAAAAGUGGUUCCAGUCCGUUGAAAAACAUGGCCGCCAGUGGGCGGGGCAGUUUUCCUUAUUUGGCUAUAGAGAAACCUUGUAAACACUCUAGAAGUCACAAUUUUUGCCCAAUCAUCAUGAAAGUUGGUCAAAACAUUGGUUUUAUUGAAAUCCCUGACGAGUUCGAAAAUGGUCCAGAUCGGUGAAAAAACAUGGCCGCCAGUGGGCGGGGCAUUUUUCUCUAUAUGUAUAUAGUGAAAACAUGUGAACACUCUAGAAGUCAUAUUUUUGGCCAAAUUUUCAUUAAAUUUGGUCAGAACAUUUGUUUCCUUGAUAUGAGAGUAGAGUUCAAAAAUGGUUCUGGUCAGUUGAAUAACAUGGCUGCCAGGGGGGGGGGCAGUUUUCCUUAUUUGGCUAGAGAAAAACCUUGUAAACACUCAAGAAGUCACAAUUUUUGCCCAAUCAUCAUGAAAAAUGGUCAAAACAUGUUUUAUUGAUAUCUUGGAAGAGUUCAAAAAUGGUCCAGAUUGGUGAAACAAUAUGGCCGCAAGUGGGUGGGGCAUUAUUCUCUAUAUGUAUAUAGUGAAAACAUGUGAACACUCUAGAAGUCACAUUUUUGGCCCAAUUUUCAUGAAAUUUGGUCAGAACAUUUGUUUACUUGAUAUGAGAGUUGAGUGUGAAAAUGGUCCCAGUUAGUUCAAUAACAUGGCUGCCAGGGGGGGGGGGGCAGUUUUCCUUAUUUGGCUAUAGAGAAACCUUGUAAACACACUAGAAGUCACAAUUUUUGCCCAAUCAUCAUGAAAGUUGGUCAAAACAUUGGUUUUAUUGAUAUCUCGGACGAGUUCGAAAAUGGUCCAGAUCGGUAAAAAAACAUGGCCGCCAGUGGGCGGGGUAUUUUUCUCUAUAUGUAUAUAGUGAAAACAUGUGAACACUCUAGAAGUCACAUUUUUGGCCCAAUUUUCAUGAAAUUUGGUCAGAACAUUUGUUUCCUUGAUUUGAGUGUAGAGUUCGAAAAUGGUUCUGGUCAGUUGAAUAACAUGGCUGCCGGGGGGGGGGGGAGUUUUCCUUAUUUGGCUAUAGAGAAACCUUGUAAACACUCUAGAAUACACAAUUUUUGCCCAAUCAUCAUGAAAGUUGGUCAAAACAUUGGUUUUAUUGAUAUCUCGGACAAGUAUGAAAAUGGUCCAGAUUGGUGAAAAAGCAUGGCCGCCAGUGGGCGGGGCAUUUUUCUCUAUAUUUAUAUAGUGAAAACAUGUGAACACUCUAGAAGUCACAUUUUUGGCCCAAUUUUCAUGAAAUUUGGUUUAAAUGUUUUCCUAAAUGAUAUGUUGGUUGAGUUCAAAAGUGGCUCCGGCCCGUUGAAAAACAUGGCCGCCAGUGGGCGGGGCAGUUUUCCUUAUUUGGCUAUAGAGAAACAUUGUAAACGCUCUUAAAUUCACAAUUUUUGCCCAAUCAUGAAAGUUGGUCAAAACAUUGGUUUUUAGCUCACCUGAGCGAUAGCUCGGGGUGAGCUAUUGUGAUCACUCACCGUCCGGCGUCCGUCUGUCUGUCUCUCUGUAAACAAUUUGUAAACAUCUUCUUCUACUAAACCAUUGAGCCAAUUUCAACUUAAUUUCAUUUGGAGCAUCCCUAGGUCAUGGGACAAAAGAAUUGUUAAAAAAAAUUUGAUCACAUAAUUAAGAUGGCCGCCAUGACCAUAGAUGGUAAAAACCUUAAAAAAUCUUCUUGUCAGAAACCGCUCAUCAGAUUUUCAAAAAAUUUCACAGGGAUGACCUUUGAAGGCUCCCCUGAAAAAGUUGUUCAAAGAAAUUUGAUUCGUCAAAAAACAUGGCCGCAGGAGCUCGUUGAACUUUGCAUGUUUAUUCGUUUUUGCCUAUUUUGUGAAAACUUUCAAAAAUCUUCCACAUUUUUUGUCCGAUCCUUUCCAAAUUUGCACAGUGUCUUUAUAUCAAUGAGGACACGAACCCUACAAAAAAUGAGCAUUAUUGGUCCAUGAAGUACAGAAUUACCUCCCCUUGAAUUGAGAAAAUGGUGUUUAUGCAAUAAAGUCCAAAUUUUUCAUCCAAUUCUUUCCAAACUUGCACAGUGUCUUCAUAUCAAUGAAAACUCGAGCCCUGUCGAAAAUGAGCAACAUCGGACCAUUAAGUCCAGAAUUAUCUCUUGAGAUGGCAGAUUUAGAAAUAUUUAUAGUGUACUCUUUUUUCCAAUUAAUAGUGCUAUUACAGUAAAGGAUUUGCUGGCUACAGGCCAGGUUUCUCUGACACGAUUCUCUUCUGAUGGCUUUGCUGCAGACCACAUAAACUCUUAACUCUGGAACAGUUAAUUCUUUCUGCAAAUGUUUGUGACUGUGGAAAUCAUUGAAAUAAAAGGAGAAAUUGCUGAAAUUAGCAUUUUCUCCUUUCAUCACAAUGAUUCCUACCCUAUUAAAUCAGUUUCUUCUUAUUCCAUUAUAAUUUAAUUUGUCGUCUGCAACCUCUUUCAAUUUGGAAAAGGGUUAACUACCAGAAAUCAAUUAAUGCUGUAGUUUUGUUGAUGAGAAAUUAUUUUUCCUUUAAAAUGGGAGGUGAUUAUUGCUUAGGAAAUUGCUCUGGUAGGGUUGAAUCAUUGUGGGAAAUUGAGAAAUUGUUCAGUCCAAAAUAUGUUGAUUGGUAAAAGGAUUUAUCCUUAUGCAAACAUGGGUUGCCUGUUUAGUCGAUGAUAUCUUGUCAAUUUUGAGAAAACGGAGGAAUCUCUUCAAAACAAGCAAAAAUUCCUUUUAUCUCAAUGUUUAAGUUUUUAGUGUACCUGAGCAGAUCAUAUUCUCCUAAACCAUUGAGCCAAUUUCAACCAAAUUUCAUGUGGAGCAUUCCUACGUCACGAAAAAAAAAUAUUGUUAAAAAAAAUAUUGUUAAAAAAAAAUUUGGUCACAUAACCAAGCUGGCCGCCAUGCCCAUAUAUGGUCAAUACCUUAACAAAUCUUCUUGUCAGAAAGGGCUCGUCGGAUUUUCAAUUUUUUUUACAAGGAUGAUCCUUAAAGGCUCCCCUAAAAAUUUGGUCAAGAAAAUUUGUUUCUUGUCAAUUACCAUUGGGCCUAAGGCUAUUAAAUUUGUUCAGGUGAGUGAUUCAGGGCCAAUGUGGCCCUUGUAUUGAUAUGUCGGAUGAGUUCGAAAAUGGUCCAGAUCGGUGAAAAAACAUGGUCGCCAGUUGGCGGGGCAUUUUUCUAUAUAUGUACAUGUGAACACUCUAGAAGUCACAUUUUUGGCCCAAUUUUCAUGAAAUUUGGUCAGCAUAUUUUUUGCCUUGAUACGAGAGUUGAGUUCAAAAAUGGUUCCGGUCAGUUGAAAAACAUGGCUGCUGGGGGGGGGGGCAGUUUUUUAUAUUUAUAUAGUAAAAAAAGCUUGUGAACACUCAAGAAGUCACAUUAUUUGCCCAAUCAUCAUGAAACUUGGUGAAAAGAUUUGUUUUAUAUAUAUCUCAGAUGAGUUCCCAAAUGGUCCAGAUUGGUAAAAAAACAUGGCCGCAAGGGGGUGGGGCAGUUUUCUUUAUGUUACUAGAGAGAAACCUUGUGAUUGAACACUAUUGAAGUCACAUUUUUUGCCUAAUCAUCGUGAAACUUAGUCAAUACAUUGGUUUUAUUGAUUUCUCUGACAAGUGGAAAAUUGCUCAGAUUGGUGAAACACACUUUUUAGCUCACCUGAUUGCUCAGGCGAGGUUUUUUAAGGAUUGGUCUUUGUCUGCCGUCCGUCCACAUUUAGUUUGUAAACACUCUA